AUGAUCACUGAUGCUGACGUUGCAGCUUUCACAUGUCCAGGGAUCGCAACAACAACAGCCUCUCCUCCUGUCGUAACAACAACAGCAGCCCCGCCAGUUGCUUCAACAACAGUACCUCCUCCAGUGGCUUCAACAACGGCCGCUCCAACAACCGCGCCAUCAACAUCCUUGAGUUGCGGCGAUCUUUCAUCAUUCGAAUCAAGCUUCGCUGAUGGAACUUUCACUUGUGACUCGAGCGCCGACUCUUGUACGGCAACCUGCACCGACACUUCUCUUUUCCCAUAUCCAGCUUCCGUUGUUGGAUGCAAUGCAGGAGAAAUUUCACCAACGGAUGCUUCUUCAAUGACUCUCACUUGCAAAGCAACCAGUUGCGGUGAUCCAGCGGACUUCAAUUAUGGAGAAAACUGGGUUGAUGUCACCGCUACCUGCUCUGGAGAGACGUGCUCUCUCACAUGCGACGGAGAUGCUUCGAGACCUGUUCCUUACCCUGUCAGCGAAGUUUCAUGCUCAAAUGGAGCGCUUACGCCUCCUGGUGGUUCGGAAAUCUACUGUGCCGAAACUUCAUGCGGUCGUCUUGAAGACUUUUACAACGUUGACAAUACAGGACUAACUUCUACUUGCACUGGUGAUUCAUGCUCACUUUCCUGCCCUGCUGGGGAAAUGCCAACUUAUCUCACUCUUCAGUGUGACACUGCGAGUAGUACUUACCAGCACGUUCACGACUCUCAAUCAGAAAUGGUCGAGUGUGUGCCCGAAUACGACACGCCCUGCGGGCAAAUCGACUCAGCUUUUACCAUCGAUAAGAGCGCUUUCAAUAUAAGCUGCUCAGGAAUCGAGUCUUUUUAUCAAACGACUCCAGUAACUUGCGAUCUGACCUGCGCGGACCCGACGCACACGCUUGUCGGUGAGUCGACCAUUGUCUGCGAAAAUUCUCAGUUCACUAAUGCCGGCAGUGAAAUCCGCUGCGAUCCACCACCAACCAAGACCUGUGUCUCCUUCCAAUACCACGAUACUUCUAUGGCUUUUGCGGAUGCAGAAGUCGUUUGUGCCAACCUCGGCGGUUAUCUUCCAUUUUUCAAGACACAAGAAGAACUUGAUUUGUACAAUUCCUUACCAUCACCUGAAAUCCAGUGGCUCGGUAUAAGCAAAACAGAUAAUCUAGGAGGGGUGCAAGCAGCAGAUGGCUCAACACAGGCAAUAACAAACUGGGCUGCUGGAGAACCAAAUGGGCACAAUCCUGAUUUUGCGCAUCUUCCUUCACAGGACUGCAUCAUGAGCAAAAAAGAAACAGACCCCCUUGCAUACCAGUGGAAUGAUGUCGGGUGCGUUGGACCCAUCCCAAAGUUUCAUUGUCGAAUUGAAACUGAGGUUCCCGUUGAUCAGGCUGAUCCUACCGAUUCUGUUUGCUACGAGCCUGUUGGAACAAAAGACUGUAUUCAGUUUGAGCUUCACGACACCCCGGUUUCUUUCGCUGACGCAGAGCAAGCUUGUUCUAGUGAGGGCUCUUUCAUCGCUUUUUUCAAGACCCAGGAAGAGUUAGAUGCCUAUAACACGAUCUCAGCUGACACAACCGAGUGGCUUGGAAUCUCUAAAGACGGCUCAGGCGGCUUCGUAGCUGCCGAUGGAUCCCCACAGACGAUCACACAUUGGGCGUCAGGAGAGCCGAAUGGGAAUUCCUUCGAAGCCUGUAUCGAGAGUUGGAGCAUGACUGCGCCAAAUGGAAAUGGCAAAAAAUGGAAUGAUACGACAUGUACCCUGAAUAGAAAAUUUAGAUGUCGCAAAGAAGUGACUAUUCCUGCUGAUCAAAAUCCAGCCGAUCAUUACUGUCCUUCUGUUUGA